GGGUGUGUGUGCGGUGUGCGGCGGUGGCGGCGCUCGGGCGGGCUGUGGGUCCGGCUGGGUGUCAUGUCCAGAGUGUGAGGGGUGCAGAAUGUAGUGGUGCUGAGCAGGAAGCAUAAGUUGAAGUCUUCACAGAAGGACAAGGUACGGCAGUUCAUGUCCUUCACGCAAGCAGGGGAGAAGACAGCUGUUUACUGCCUCACUCAGAAUGACUGGAAAUUAGAGGUGGCCACCGACAACUACUUCCAGAACCCAGAUCUCUACUUUAAGGAAUCCAUGAAAACCUCAAUCGACAGAAAGAAGCUGGAGCAGCUCUACAACAGAUACAAAGAUCCUCAGGAUGAGAAUAAGAUUGGGAUCGAUGGAAUACAGCAGUUCUGUGAUGAUCUCAAUCUGGACCCGGCCAGCAUAAGUGUUCUGGUUGUGGCGUGGAAGUUCCGAGCAGCAACGCAAUGCGAAUUCAGCAGAAAAGAGUUCCUCGAUGGCAUGACAGAACUGGGGUGUGACAGUCCAGAGAAACUCAGGGCUAUGCUGCCUCGACUAGAACAGGAACUUAAAGACAGUGGAAAAUUUAAAGACUUCUAUCAAUUUACAUUCAACUUUGCAAAGAAUCCUGGACAGAAGGGAUUAGAUUUAGAGAUGGCAGUAGCAUACUGGAACCUUGUCCUCACAGGCCGCUUCAAGUUUCUUGACCUCUGGAACAGAUUUUUAUUGGAGCACCAUAAGCGAUCAAUUCCCAGAGAUACCUGGAACUUGCUUCUGGAUUUUGGCAACAUGAUUGCAGAUGAUAUGUCAAACUAUGAUGAAGAAGGAGCAUGGCCAGUCCUCAUAGAUGACUUUGUGGAAUUUGCUCGGCCAAUCGUGACUGGAUCAAAGCGCAAAGCUGUAUAGGACUGGCUCGGCUGUUUAACAGCUUGGGUCUUUGUCGCCUCACUGAAUUCAGCUUUUUUUAAAGACUUGUAUAAAAUUGCACACAUGUACACACACUCACACACGAGUAAAAAAAAAAAAAAAAAACACUUGAAACCGCCAGGCUUGAUGAAGACAGAACAGGAUAGAAAAGACUCAGGAAUCAAAGCAGUACAAAGGAGAAGAAGUAUGGAUGGAAGUGGAAGACUGAAGAUUUCUUUUAGUACCGUCACGUGCACGAUGUCAGCUGCUGCUGCUGCCGGCAAUCUAAUCCUGUCCAGAGACCCUGAGGGAUUCUGGGGGAUCUCCGCAAAUCCAGUACCUCAUCCUCACAGCAGACAUUGUCACACUUGCACAUCUAUUCCAUUCACAUUCUGAAUCAUAGAACACUAGGAGCCCAACGGAGUGAUGUUUGUUUCCUGAGACAUUUCUUUUCCUGGAUACGCACCUCCUGUAGGACUCGACAGGGUGAAUAGGUCAGAUGCACUUUCAAAGCCAGAGACCCCUGGACAGAGCAGCAUGGAGCUCACACCACCAGCACAAAACUUGUUGCCGUUGUAAAAUACUGUAUCUACUGUAGCAGUAUGUACAGAAAUAAAUAUUAUAAAUAAACAAUAUUUUAUAAAACAUGAAAAAAGGCAUUUAUAAAUGUGUGGGAAGGUGAUUUGUGUAAAGUAACAAUGAAUGACUCUUCUUUAAUGCCUCGAUAUCAUGUUUCAUUUUAGGUCAUGUAUUAUGCUAACAUCUGCUCUCUUUAGCAGAAUCUGGUGUGACAGCAAUGCCAUUCAGUGUUUCUCUUUUUUUGUUUCUCAGUCAUCAGAGUUAUGUAAAAAUAAAUUAUAAAUUAUUGCCCAAGUAAA